UGUCACCUGCGCCUGUGUACGCAUGCGCCUGGGGAAGCGCGGCCCCUCACCGCGAGUCGAUGACACCGCAGUAGCGCUCUGCGCCGGGCCCGAGGGCUCCGAGAAGUCACCGCCGGACCCCGGGACGAAGGCGGGUUUCCCGCGCGUCCAGAGACGCUGCAGAGGGCGGGAGAGGCCCCGAGUCAGCCCCGCCCACGCCGGCUCGCCCCGCCCACUGGGCCUGCGUCGGGCAAAGCAAGAGGUGCCGCGCUCGGCUUCUCGGCGCUCGUCCGCUCAGGACCCCAUCCCCGUGUGCACCUCCCUCCUUGGAGACACUUCCGACACCGCUCCCACCGGCCUCGCCCAGCGCCUCGCCAGGAAGACCAACAAGCAGGUGUUCGUCAGCUACAACCUUCAGAACACAGACAGUGACUUUGCCCUGCUCGUGGAAAACAGGAUCAAGGAGGAAAUGGAGGCUUUUCCGGAGAAGUUCUGAGUGGCAGAAGGGAGGAUUUCUAACCGGACAUUUAAAUAAAAGAGUUUUGAUUUGGUCAUCA